AUGAAUACCAGUAUAGCUAGCCAGCAUGGAGCUAGGACUUUGAGUAAUACUAAUAGACUGGCUCAAGACAUUAAUGAAAGAGCUUUUUCGCUUCUCCAAAAAAAUCGACAAAGAAGGCUACUACUAAGCCGAUCGGAGGACCGUAGGCGUUAUGUUCCAUCUGAAGAGCCCUCUAGAAUUGAAAGCACUAUACCAGCGGUCACUCAGAUACGUAGACGGAAGGUGAAAACAAAAAGAUACCGCCCCAGCGAUGUGGCUCUACAAGAAAUACGAAAAUAUCAGAGAAGCACUGAUCUUCUUAUAUCUAAAAUGCCGUUUGCACGUUUGGUCAAGGAAGUGACCGACCAAUUUACGACCGAGGAGCAGGAACUUCGGUGGCAAUCUAUGGCUAUUAUGGCUCUUCAAGAAGCCAGUGAGGCGUAUCUGGUUGGGCUCUUGGAACAUACCAAUCUCCUUGCACUUCAUGCGAAAAGAAUCACUAUCAUGAGGAAAGAUAUGCAACUGGCGCGCAGGAUACGUGGUCAGUUCAUUUGA